GCAGCCAGCAGCUAUCUCUGUCGUGGACGAGGCGUAUUAACAUGCAAAAGUUUAGAAACACGGAUCCUCGUCUCGAGUAGACACGAGAGCAACGUUUUAUGAAACCUCGGGCGGCUGUUGAAACCAUGGGUCAUGGCUGGCUUUCGUAAUAUCUAGUUGUUCGUGUUAUUUGGAGCCUCAAAUGUGCGAAAAGUCGCUCGGUCUCUCCUCGUCGUUGAACAAGAUGGCAGCAGCAGCAGCAGCAGCGGCAUCGUUGCAGGAAUUGACUGUGGUGCGGGUCCUCGUUGCUAGCCUGUUCCUUGACGCUCUGGGUGAUAUGAAUUACUGGUGUUACUGAAGGUAUGGCCUCACAAGUCUUGGUCUACCCAUCACACCUGCACUCAGCGCAAACAAGUGCCUUAGGAACCAGCAGAAGUGGUACCAGCAGACACACAGGUGAAGCUCACCGCAGUAAUAACACCAGCAGAGCCUUUCAGCACCGACCUCCUCCCAAGACCUACGUGAUCGGAGUCAACUACGGAAUUGCUUACCCCAACAACGUUAUCCCAUCCUCAGCUGGUGCUGAUUCAGGAAGAAAGCACAGGGCAGUGCAACUGGAAGAAAGGGAGGAGUGGGCAUUGCAGACGGCCGUAUCACAAAGAGAGGAGAGGUCUGAGCGACAAAAAGAAGGUCCAGCUGGGAUCCAGGAUCAAGAGGCUCUUUGCCAGAGCAGAGGCCCACAGGAAGGGAGGCCUCGCAGGGACAGUGGUGGAACUCCAUCGGGAGGAGGCUUGGACUGUGGGCUCCUGAGGGGGGCCUGUAUCAGAGCAGAGGAGGAACAGGGCAGAAACAGAAGAGGACAAGCUAGAGGGGGAUACAUUAACCUUCUAGACACAGGUGCCACCCAGAGAUGUGAACAGACAGCAGGUGAAAGUAGAGAACAACCACAGGAGAACAACUGCAUUGGAACCAUGCAGAUAGUGGAGGAGGUCUCUGCUCUCCCUUCACUUCCUCCCCCUGUGGCCAUGUUGCAAACCGGCACCAGGAACAAUGCAGACACUGUCAGAGUAGUGGGCGGAGGAACACUGCCUACUAAACACAGCAUGGUUGAUGGAGUGACAAAUGGGACUGAAACUAAGGAUAAUACUGAGACAGUGGCAGGAGCCACAGUGACCAGAACUGGAUCAGGAGAUGGUGACUAUCAGUUAGUUCAGCACGAGGUUCUGUGCUCUUUAAAGAACAGCUACGAGGUCUUGGAGUUCCUGGGUCGUGGCACCUUUGGUCAGGUGGUGAAGUGCUGGAAGAGAGGAACGAAUGAAGUAGUGGCUGUGAAAAUAUUGAAGAACCAUCCAUCCUAUGCUCGUCAGGGGCAGAUUGAGGUGGAGAUCCUGGCCCGCUUGAGCAGCGAGAAUGCAGAUGAGCACAAUGUGGUGCGUGCUCUGGAGUGCUUUCAGCACCGCAGCCACACCUGCCUGGUGUUUGAGAUGCUGGAGCAAAACCUCUAUGAUUUCCUUAAACAGAACAAGUUCAGCCCACUGCCACUCAAAAUCAUCCGGCCUGUUCUGCAGCAGGUGGCAACAGCCUUAAAGAAGCUAAAGUCUCUUGGUUUGAUCCAUGCUGACCUGAAGCCAGAGAACAUCAUGCUGGUAGACCCCUCCAGGGAACCCUACAGAGUCAAGGUCAUUGACUUUGGCUCAGCCAGUCAUGUCUCCAAGGCUGUGUGCUCCACUUACCUGCAGUCCAGAUACUACAGGGCUCCAGAGAUUAUUUUGGGCCUGCCAUUUUGUGAGGCCAUAGACAUGUGGUCACUGGGCUGCGUGAUAGCUGAGCUCUUCUUGGGUUGGCCUCUCUACCCUGGAGCACUGGAGUAUGACCAGAUCCGGUACAUCUCUCAGACUCAGGGCCUGCCUGCCGAGCAGCUCCUCAACAAGGGGACCAAGACCUCUCGUUUCUUCUCCAAAGAGUCUGACUCUCCCUACGCCUCCUGGAGACUAAAGACGACAGAAGAGCAUGAGAAAGAGACGGGACUUAAAUCCAAAGAGGCCAGAAAGUACAUCUUCAGCUGUCUGGAUGACGUAGCACACGUGAACUUGGUGCUGAGUCCUGAUAACAGUGACAUGCAAGCAGAGAAGGCAGACAGGAGGGAGUUUGUGUCUCUGCUGAAGAGCAUGCUGCUGAUCGAUGCUGAGGACAGGACUGUUCCCUCCAAUGUCCUCAAUCAUCCCUUCCUCACUAUGACUCAUCUGCUGGACUACCCACAUAGUAACCAUGUGCAGUCAUCUUUCCGGAUCAUGGACAUGUGCCACAGCCGGCCCACCAAUGCUGUUUUUGACGCUCUCAACCAGAACACCAUUCAUUUCUCAAGGGCUCCUGUAGCCCCCACUGCCUCCUCUGGCCUCCCGCUGGGUUACAGCAACAUACCAGUCCACACUCAGGCUAUAACCCAGUCAGCUCCCUCAGUGUUGCAUCCAGGAAUAGCUCUAACAACUGGGAACGGUCAGUUUGGGUGCAGUGACUCGUUCCCACCUGCCCUUCUUCUUUGUCCUCCCACCAUGCAAGGUAACCUUAAUCAACCAGCAGGGUAUUCUGUUCCCAUGGUAACUCAGGCGCCUCCCAUACAGCCCCUACCUGUGAGGCCUGGUGUAAUAGCUCAGCAGGCCUGGUCUAGCCGGGGGCAGCAGAUCCUCGUCCCAGCAGCAUGGCAGCAGAUGACUACGGUGGGUCCUCCUCCCUCUCACCCCCCUCCACCACCCCCAUCCUCCCUAACCAGCGACACCACAGCCGGCCCACAAAGGAUCAGUGACUGGGGGAAAGUCCGUUCCCACAGCAACCACUACAGUUCAGUGAUUCAGCAGCCUCUCUUGACUAAUCAGAUGCCAGCCCUCUCUGCCCAUCAGCCAAUCAACAUUGGCAUAGCUCAUGUAGUUUGGCCCCAGCCAGCCAAUAAAAGAAACAGACACAGUCACAACAGGAACCUGUCCCACUCCAGUAACAUCCACGUAUCAGCAUGUCGGUCCCCCAAGAUGGCUGAUAUUGUUGGACAGGCAGUGCAAGGGAGGGAGCAGCCUCAGAGGGAGGUGCCUUUGGAGGAAACCAGGCAACUGGAAGUUCAAAACAUCGAUGAGGAGGAAGAUGAUGCAGAAGAGGAAGUGAGCUGCUUCAGAGAGGUGGUGCCCAAUGGUAAAAGACAGCUGGACCUGUCCAGUCAACAACGAGAUGUGGCAGUACUGAUGGGUGACACACCAAGCCCUGCUCCCAGUGUGAUUAGCAUUCGCAGUGAACUGACUGACGGAGAGGACGAAGACCCUCAGAGGUGCCGUCUGAGCGAUAGGUGUAAAGAAGAGUGUGUGUGUGAGGCGUGCAGAAACACCAGUGUGUCCAUGGAGAGAGUGUGUUCCCUCAGCAGCCCUGACAGCAGCCUCAGCACCAACUCUUUGGCCUCCAACUCUCUUCAGUCCAGCCCCUCUGUCUCACCAUGCAAGAGACCCAACAGCAUGUCUGAGGAUGACGGCCAUGAGAGUGGUUGUGACACAGUGGAAGGUUCCCCUACAUCCGACACGUCAACCUCCCCGCGUGGCAACAGCCACUACCGUUACCUUGACAACAGUAACCACAACGGCUGCCCACCUCUGGCUUCCAUGGUAGCGCCGCUGCCUUCCCCUGCAGUGCAGGGCAGGAGCCCCCGUGGUGUCAGGACAAUGGUCGUUCCACCGAUGAGAGUGCAGAACAACAACAGUCACGGGACCGAGGAGCGUGUCCAGAGAACAGUCUCAGAGUCCUGGUCCCGGUCCAAAGGGCGCUGCAAUCUCGUAGGGCAACAGAACACUCCCUCUUCUGUCUCCCUCCUCCCAUCCGCCCCCCUCCUGUCCCGGCAGCAGAAGGCAACAGGGCAGCACCAGCACUCUCUGGCCUUUGGACAGGUGCAGCCGUACGUUUCAAACCACAGCAACAAAGAGUGGAACGGCAACUAUGGGCCGCUGCGACCGCACGCCUACAUUCCCCCUACUGUCCACACACACACCUUCACACACCUGCCGCACAGCAGCCCCACGCACAAUUCGGCCGCCCCACAUACACACACCCAGGGCCUGCCCACACACACCCUGCUCUCCUACCCUCCCAGCGGCCCCCUCACCACCGCCCACCACCCCCAUCCCAUCUUGCCCUCUCGCCCUCCUCCCCCCCUCCUUCAGCACAGCUACAGUCUCUCCCACCCCCAAGGAGGCACUAUAGUUCAUCAGGUGACCCUGGGCAUCAGCACGCACCCCCAUCACGCUGGACAUCCCGCUCCCCACCCACACAGGCUCCUCCCCUCUCCGACCAUCCACCCACACCACCAGCCUGGCUACCCCCACCACCCCCACCAGUUCAAGCCUCCCUUCCCCCCUCCCCCACCCCCUCCUCACCCCUACAUGGCCUCCCCAGCUGCCUACACAGGCUUCCCUCUGAGCCCCACCAAGCUCAGCCACCACCCCCAGUUCUCUUAUAUCUGAGGAGCAGGACGGGGCCGCAGCAGCACCUUCUUGUGAGGAGGGGCAAUGGAAAAUGGACUGGGGCUGCAACCUGGGCAGGUAGAGCUGGCACCAGAGCACAAAACGGACACUUGUGAUGAUGAAGAUGAGAAAGACAAAAAUAUGGUUAAGGAGAAGGAGGAUGGAUAAGAAUCUGUCAUAGGGGAUUGAGAAAGAAAUGUAAAAGUAACAAUGCUGAAGAUAAUGUUUUAUGGUGUUUUGAGGACAAAGAAAUUAACAGCCUCUGAAAUCCGGAGGUUCACGUCAAAUGUCAAGAGCAACUUCAGAUCUGAAAGACUUCCCGUGAAAUCAUGUCAGCCAAGAGAGGAAACAAUGAUUUAUUAAAACCACAAAGCUUUAUAAGAGAGCAUUACAAGAGUGAAUUAUUUCACAAACGAUGAUGAUAAGGAAAUUUUAAUUAAGAAUGUGUCCUUUGCACAUUACCUCCUGUCAUUUGUUGUUGUGUAGUGUUCAGACAAUAUGAUCUAAUUAGAGGCUGGAAAUCACUUGUUGUCGUUGCUGUCAGAUCGCUCAGCCUCCCCUUCCCUUUAUCUUUGUUGCCUUGUAGCAUGUGCUAGCCGGUCAGAUCUGUUUGUUAAGCCAUCCCAGUCUGUAUUAACCAGGAUCGAAUGCUCCUGUCUUUGUUUCGGGCAGACUUUGCAGCUGCCAUCUCCUAGUGCCUUAAAACCAGAGUCUAUGACGUUACUUCAGGAGCUUAUAGAUUGUAAAUUUAAAUGGGCCUUUAGCACUUAACCUUCAGACUCUGAUAACAAUGGGCUUAUUGGAUAAAUAUGAGGAUAAUGCUUGUGGUAAUGUUUUCAUAUUGGCAAAUGUUGAACUUCAGUUUGCUUUCUAACUCAGAGUAUGGAUUUACUUUAGCUAGAGGCUGCACAUUUAGGGCUUUGACUGAAUGAGCUUUUUAUGUACAUAAAGAGUGAUUUGAUAUUUUGAUAAUCGAUUUCUAUUCACUAUAGUACUUAAUUCAUAACAGUAUUGUCACUGUUUACUGUAACUGCAAUACAAUCUAGAUAGCCUCUGGGUUGCUUAGUUUUUAUUAUUUUGCAUUUAAGUUAGACUUGCAGUAAUGCAUUUUAUGUUUUAGAUUUUGGGAGUGGCAUAGAAUAAGAAAAAUAAGAUUGUUUUGUGUUUUUAUUUUUAAAUGCUUGUCAGUGUUUGAAAUAACCUAUCAGCUUACAGUAUCAUUGCUGGGCUAUUGAGUGUUAGAGGUGUAUUGGUAAUUGUUUUAAAUAUUUGUGUGAGACGAACCUUUUGUCCAUGUAUUGAAGCCUGUUGUCAGUUUUGAUACAUUCCUUCAGGGUGGAUGCAUAGCCUUGAUUAUUUUUUGGGUUUUGUGUUUUUGAUUUCCGGUGUGUAGUAGAGCUGCGUCUUUACCUGUCGUCAUAUCAAGCGGUAUUUUACUCCAAUCAGCACCAAAGACUGUUCAUUAAUCAUUUCUGAAGCAUGGUCGCUACUAUUUCUCCUUUCACCUCCAGCAUACUGUUGCAGUUAUCAACAUUGGAAUAUAUUGUGAGAUCUCUAUUUUAAAAAUGAGGUUGAGGUUUUAUUUUUCUGAGCUAUGUUUGGCAAAUUGUAUUUGGAAUGUAUAGAUAAUAAGCUGCUAUGUACUGAUUAUCUGCCACUUCGUAGCUGUGAAUUUAGAGGAUUAAUCUCAUUCUAGCCUGCAUUCUCUCUUUUGUAUUAUAGUUCUGACGACUAGAUACAAUAGAAGUGGGUUUUAUUUUUGAUCAUAGAGUGUAUUGAAUGCUAUUCCUAUAUGCUAGUGCCUCUGUAUAUUGGCUUUGUUGUUUUGAAGUGAUUGUAAACUGCUGUAAUGGAAGUUAUGAGUUUUAUUUUUUUUUAUUCUGUUGCUUUUUGGUGUGUGUGCGUGUGUGUGUGUGUUUUUUUGUGCGUGUGUAUUUAGCAUCAGUAUUUCAAAUGUAGGCUGGGUUCACUCUUGGAUUCUGUAACCGGUGUGUUGAUGUAUUUUUGUUUUUCUAGUUUUUCUUCUGAUGACAUUUUAUUUCCGUUCUUGGACUGUAUUUGCAACUCUUCGUACUGUACAACUAGUGCCUUUCUUCAAACAAGUGGCUGACAGAUGACGUCUUGCAUUGAUAUCAAAGCAGUCGGAAAUUUGUUGACUAAUUCCUUCUAAGGGGAUCAGCUCCUAUUUUCACAUCACAAAACCCCAAAGUUGUUUGUUUGACUAAGUUGAGUUCUGAAAACAAUCUCUUUUUUUUUUUUUUCUUACAGAAUCCUAAGAAAGUACAAGUCAGGGAAUGUUUUAUUGUGCUCACCAAGAACACCGUGCAGUACUCAAAAACAUAGGGCCUGAAUAUACACAAAUGCAGAGCUUUAUUCUCACACCGUGAAUGUAUUUGUGGAACUCAAGACAUCUGUUUUUGGUUUGCAUUUCUGAUGGCUAUACAGCAUUUUCUCUCCUGUUGUGUUUGGGAUGUUGAUAGUUCCUGUAUGCAGCUAUUACCAUUGGUAGAUAUCACCAUGUGUUUCAGUCAGGGGUUGUUUCAAAAUGCUUUAUUCAUCAAUCAUAUUCAAGGUUUAGGUCCAAAGUUGUCCCAUCCUAAUCUACUCAUUGUACUACAUUGUUAUGGUUUUGCUAUGUUAAAUAAUGGGUUUAUUUUGUCUGUUUGUCUAAAUAUGCUACUGUGUUGACGAUCCUUAAGCAAACGAGAGGAUGCACACUGUUGGGCUUGAAGUGCAGUCUAGGAUCCUAAAUGAUAGGUGCGUGUUGUGGCACAGUAAUCUGUACUUAACUUCAAGGAUUUUUUUCUUAUUUUUUUAACUCUGGUGUGCAGCCUCUCGUCAAUUCCCCAUAUCUCUAUUCUCUCUGUCAGCUCAGCACCUGUGAUGAGAUGAACAUAUGUACCACCUCAGUGAUGCACCACACUGUAAUCCCCUUCUACUUUGGGGUUGAUUGCUUAGGGUAGAUAAUCCCACCUCCCUGCAGCUUUACACUGACGGUUGCAUCAUCAAAGUCACCAGAGGGUCACACAGUCCCAAAUCCAAAGCUCAACAAGCACACGGAGCCCAGCAGCCUUAAGUGACAAAGCAGGCCUAAAGACCCUUCAAGUACUUAAGAAACAUGAGGGGAAACGUAGCUCUCUGUGAUGGAGGGCCUUUAUUAGGCAUUAGAAACCAUUCCCCCUUAACAAAUGUAGAUAAACUAGAAUCCUCUCUGUUUUCUUAUCAGUUUUUCAAAGACUAGUCGGCUGUCAGAGACGAGCAAAUUGGUCCCAGGCCUGCAUUCAUUGGGUCCCCUCAUGUCAAAACUGCUCAAAAACAAACAGACAAAAAAAAAAAAAUCUCACCACGCAUGGGUCAUCUCAUUUGGGUACUGGGCUGAAAAAUAAAUUGUGUGAAAUUUGACUCCUAAGAUACGUUUUGAGUAGAUUUUGUACCACAACUAUCUAAUUAUCAUGUUGGCAUUUAUUGUAUUUAGACACAAAUAUGUAGACAUGAUUGCUAAAUUGAAACUGUUACUGUUCUAAAUAUGUGUAGUUUUGUGUGGCUUUAUGAUUUUUUUUUUCUUUUCUUAAAUGCUACACUAGUUUGACAUGUAGCAACUGCACUGUGCAAUAUAAAACAAUAUGAGGACUGGGAAAAUGAUUAUUGUUUGGAUGUAAUAAUGUGUCUUACCAGUUUGCGGUCAUUUUCUUUUCCCCCCCUCUAGUUCUCAGUGAGUUUCAAUGUGACCAAGCCUUAUGUACUUUGUCACAAAAAGCGGGUCCUUCUUGGUGACUCUUAUUGGUGAGUGUCAAAUUAUGAAUUGAUGGUGUACUAUGUCAAGAUUCACUUUGAAUUAAAAAAAAAAAUCUUUUGCUUCA